AUGUCAUCUGAAAAACCAUCAUUUCAUAAAGAAGGUAAAUCAACAAUUAAAAUAACAACCAAUAACAAUAAUAAUAAUAAAACCAACACUUCCAAAGGUAACACAACACCGAAGGUUAAAACUAAGAGUUCCCCAUUUGUUGAAGAGUUAGUUCAAACAGGACGUCCAAAUUGGCAAAAAGCACCUCCUCAAAUUAAACAAAGAUACAAGGGGAUUUACUUGAUAUUGUUAUCUUUACCCGUACUAGGGGUUACAUCUUUUGAGAUGUACAGAAGAUUAGAAGGCAAAUCGACAAAAAAGAUUCAACAGGGUGAAAGAUUGCCACAUGGUGGAAAUAGGGAUUUUGAUGAACAAGAAAAGAUUAAUGUGGAACAAAAUUCAUUGAUGUAUAAGAUAUUUGGUAGAGAUUUUUUCACAGAUGGAUUCACUAGUCAAACUCGAAAACAAACUUCAGAAAAGAAAGAGUAG